CCCAGCCCCAGCCUUAGGGGUACCAUCUGCCCUUCCCGGACAGCCCUCCGCUUAAGCCUGCACUUCCCGCCCUCCCACCUUCCUUUUCGCCCCUCCACGCGGCCUCCCCCGACGCUUGACCGCUACUCUGUUGGUACUGUUUCCGGGUCAGGGUGACCUCUGGGGUGUGGAAACUGCGACUGGGCGCUGGACCCCGGCGUGCAGCCUUCGCCAUGCCGCGCUCACGCGUGGGAGACCGGCCUGCGGGGCACUGGCCCGGAAAACAUCCAGUCUCCAAAUCCCCCUGCCGCAGGGAAAUUUUCCCUUCCUUCUUGCCCUCCCUUUACAGGCCUGGCAUAUCUCAAAGCAGAUUUUCCCAAAAUCCAAAUGCCAGCCCACCUGGCAACCACCUCUGGCAACUUAAGAGCAUUUCACAUUACGCCCUGGGCAAGGCGUCAGCUUGUGUAACCUGAAAACGCUCAUGUUGUUUUUCUCAUCUGUGCAGUGGGUUUUGAUUCCCACCAUGGCCAUCACACAGUUUCGGUUAUUUAAAGUUUGUACCUGCCUAGCAACAGUAUUCUCAUUCCUAAAGAGAUUAAUAUGCAGAUCUGGCAGAGGACGGAAAUUAAGUGGAGACCAAAUAACUUUGCCAACUACAGUUGAUUAUUCAUCAGUUCCUAACCAGACAGAUGUCGAGGAGUGGACUUCCUGGGAUGAAGAUGCACCUACAAGUGUAAAGAUUGAAGGAGGGAAUGGGAAUGUGGCAACACAACAAAAUGCUUUGGAACAACUGGAGCCUGACUAUUUUAAGGACAUGACACCAACUAUUAGGAAAACUCAGAAGAUCGUUAUUAAGAAGAGAGAACCAUUAAAUUUUGGCAUCCCAGAUGGUAGCACAGGUUUCUCUAGUAGAUUAGCAGCUACACAAGAUAUGCCUUUCAUUCAUCAAUCUUCUGAAUUGGGUGACUUAGAUACCUGGCAAGAAAGCACCAAUGCAUGGGAAGAAGAAGAUGAUGCAGCCUGGCAAGCAGAAGAAGUUCUGAGGCAGCAGAAAAUAGCAGACAGAGAAAAGAGAGCAGCAGAACAACAAAGGAAGAAAAUGGAAAAGGAAGCACAGCGGUUAAUGAAGAAGGAACAAAACAAAAUUGGUGUGAAACUUUCAUAACAAAUGUUCUUCAGAUAUUACAGUGCCAGUGGGAGAAAUCUGAGCUCCACAACCCAAACAACAUUUGUAUGGAUUUAAGAGUAUUUUCAGAAUGCAAAUACACUGCUUGAUUUUAAUGCAUUCAUCAGGCCAUCUGGGACACCAGGAUUCUCCCAAAGUACCUUGAAUUCUUAGUGAUUGAGACUCAAAAAAACAAAAAGACUUAUGAGACAAUAUUUUCUUCAACAUGCUCCAAAUAUAAGACAAUUGUUUGCUGUACAGAAAUUAUCACAAAUGGAAUAUACCAGUACCUCUGAAGCUGAUGUUUCUAGCUAAAUAAAUGGGUAUAAAUAAUUUUAUGGUGGAAUAGAAUUCUGCUGUCUGUUAUGAUUUCCUUCAAUGUGUGUAAUGAUAAAAUAAAUCAUUUUAAUAUUAUUUUGUUUCCAUGGUUAUCUGACUUAAAUUAGACAAACUGUAGGGCUUUAACUUUCUUAUUUUUGUUGUCAAAAGCUGGUGUGGGCGUACAUUUCCUCUAAUUUGAACUGGUAUUAUUUAUCUUUGAUAUAACAUUAAGGAAUUUGAUGAUUUUGGUUUUUAUGAAAAUGACAUUAAAUGCAAUAAUUUUAUUUAUCAUAAAGAUUUUGUACAUCAUUGUUUUCUUUUGGAUAGUGUUGUAAUGUUAUACAUAUUUGUAAUUUAUAUUGCAUGUAUAAACAUUGAAAAUCAAAAUGAAAAAUUUGCUUUAUAUUAUUAUGACUUGUGAGUUUUAAGAACUAGUAUUAGUAGUUUUCCCUUUCAUUAUAGAUUUUAAGAUGUUAUGGUAUCUUUAAGUACCUUAGUUCUUACCUCUAAAGUCAUUAAUUUACAAAUGCAGAAAGACUUCAUUUUUAAUAUUUCAAAACUUUUAGAUGAUAUCUGUAUCAGUUUUAUAUAUCUAACAUUAUGCAGGUUACCUGUGUGGUUGGCUAAGGUAAUAUUGAUUCAUUAAAUUAUAAACCAGGAUAGGAAUAAUAAUCUUCUAUUUAUGGUGUUGAUUGGCUCCAAAAUAGUCUUAAAAGAAGUAGUUACAUACUGUGUUCAAAGGGUAAAAACAUCACAGAUUUGAUAGUUUAAAAUCUUGUUAACUUUUCCUCCACAAUUAAAAUACAUCUGGCCUGAUUUUCUAUGGUUUUAGAAAUUUUAAAGACUUUAAGUUAUUGCCCAGAAUUAACAUUUUGUGGGGUUUUAAAAUGUCAUAGACAAUAUCCAGGCCAAAUGUUACUAAUAUAUUUUAAUUAAAGUAAUAUUUCAUAGAAAAAUCUUAAAACUCCACAAUAAGAGCUCUUUAGGUCCUUAGCCUAAGUUUCUAGACUAAAUGUGAUUAUAAGUAGGUAGAAAUUUAAUUUUGAUCCAGAGCUUGUUAGAGCCCCAAACCAUGUUUUCAGUUAUCACGUUUAUUAGAGUUUCUGCCAGUAAACUCCCAAUUACAUAGAA